CAAAGGUGAGAAUGGCGCCCUUUUUUUGAUAAAAACUGUUUUGAUAAAACAAAUCAGUGACCACGCAUUUUCGUUUUCCUCAUUUUCCGAACCACAUUGCCAUGGAAAUGGCUGGAAAAUAUGCAUGUGCAUGUCUUUUUAUUAUUAUAUUACUUGGCGUCAAGCCGUCUAAAGGUGAUUCCUGCCUCGAUGGGACCUCACUAUUUUACAAUUGCCAGACAGAGUAUACUAAUGCGUUGGCUGGGAAGGGGUUUGGAAUGUUUCAAAAUCCAGACACGAGUAUAGAAAACACGAUAGACUCUGCUUAUCACUUGGUAUGCAGUCCAGAAUACAUCCAGUACAUGAACUGCCUUCAAAGUGAAUUAACAAAGUGUCCGGACUUGAUGAACACCUAUAAGCAAUAUGCACAGCAAUAUGCUCAAAGCCUGAAUUUGCCUGAACAAGGGCUGGGAGGUGGUGCAAGUAUGGAAGAAUUUUGUGCCCGUUAUGUCGGUCCUUGCAGUGAAGCAUUGAAAUGUUACACAGUUAGUUUGGUUCACCAAUUUCAAAACAGUGGCAUCGGGAGAAAACGAAGAGCUAGUUAUGGAAAUGUUUACAGCCAGUUUCAGUCUGAAGCUAAAAAGUUGUGCAACGGAGCAAUAAGGAAAGAUAUAAACUGCGUCUCACAACACAUUGACAACUGUCCACAAAACAUUAAAACCGAGAUCCGACAGUACUUUGAAAAGGCAUUGGGCAAUACUAUCACCGACUUUGAUACAACACGCACGUUUGUAGCAGACCAAUGUCAACACGUGCAAAGCGAUGUAGAACAGGACACUUGUGUUAAUGAUGCCAUACAAACGCAUAAUUUUACCAGAUGCUAUCGGAACGUAAGCAACAUUUAUUCGACAUCAAAAACAUGCGACGUAUACACUGCAAAUCAAAAUUGCUUCGAAGAGAUUGUUAAACCAGCUUGUGGAGAGGAAAAGGCUAUGUUCUAUGUGAGAAACGCGGCUUUGAUUUUCAAAGGAAUUCCAUCAGAUUGUGGUGUGUCUUCGGCAGUUCGAAUCAAAAGUACACACCUGGCAUGGCUACUGUUUCUGCUGGCAUAUAUUUCUUUGUUGAGAUCAUUUUAAAAACGCACAUGUUCAUAUAUCAUGUCACUUUUGAAAUAAGUUUAAAGUAAUAUGCAGACGUAUAUAAGGACUGUUUACUAGAUUGUGUUGUUUUUAUAAAACAAUUUAAAGUACUAUGCAAACAUUAAUCAGGACUGUUCAUUAGAUUGUGUUACUUAUGUAAACAUUUUAAUGUGAUAUGUUGAUAUAUAUCAGGACUAUGAGCUAAAUUGUUUUACCGAAGUUAAACACUUUGAAGUGAUAUGUAGACAUAUAUCAGGACUAUGAGCUAAAUUGUUUUACCGAAGUUAAACACUUUGAAGUGAUAUGUAGACAUAUAUCAGGACGGUGAACUAGACUGUGUUCCUUCUGUAAAACAAUUUAAAGUGAUAUGCAGACAUGUAUUUUGACUGUUAACUAGACUGUGUUACUUCUGUAAAAUAAUGGAAAGUGGUAUGUUGGGCGAGUAGCAUUAACGAACCAUUAAAUUCUUUCUAAUUAUCAUUAAAAUAUUAUUGUUAACAUUUAAUUUACAUACAAAAUUAAGACUAACCUACACUUUCUCUUUCUGAUGAUCUACAAUAAUUAUUGUAAAUGUCCCAAUUUCUCUCACAUAAUUUUCGUAUGCCAGAAUAUUAUAUAAAAUCGCCGUAGAAUAUGAUAGUCCUUUUGAUUCUCUAUUUAGGAAAGUUUUAAUAAAUCUACAGAUAUGUUUCGUUGUAAACUGUAGACCAUAGGUUACUUGUAAAAAAAUAACCAGAAGAAUAAAAUCAGUAUAAAACGCAA